AUGGCAUCAACGCCCGUUGUGCAAUCGUUAACGACAACUUCAGCCGCCUGGUCAUCAUUACCUUCAACUACAGCCUCUGACACGCCUCUCACCGUUCUUGUUCGUAGAAGUAUCGACGGCACCUCGGAUUUCUUCCCCUUCCUCGACAUUGCCGGUCUCGGCUCAGGUUCCGAUGAUGUCGAUUCAGGACUCACCUUCAAAGAACUCUUCGCCACCAACCUAGAUGGAGGUCAAGAGAUAAUUUUAUUCAAUUCCGGAUGCCUGAUUGACGGCGUAACCGACUGCACGCGCGCAUGCAACAGCUCGAACCUGUUCUUCAGCUCACUGGAAACAUUCUACAACUGUGCUGCCUUGGCUGCAGCAGCACAUUGGACUCAGGAGUCGGGGCCUUACUAUGUCAGCGAAGAGACGGAACGAAAUGCCAGUGCUGUGAUGGGCUCUGGUUCUUUGGCCGACUUUGACGGACGACCAGUGCUCAGGUCUCUCAUUGCUUGUGCCCAGGAUGCGUGCGAGAAUGAUGGCCUGAGCAAACCUUGCAACCGACCGAUUGAUCGCCUCUCAUACGGUGAAUCAACCCCUGAGGAAAUAUUUGAGGCCUUGGAUGAGUUUUGUCCCGAAUUACCAGCCGAAGUCAACCCAGAUAUCUUUGGUCCAGGUGUUCUCAUCUCAUACGUUCUUCAAGUAUGCUUUGCUGCGACUCUGUACUUGCUUCUCAAAGGUUUCACUCUUUGGGUUACCAUCACACAAGAUACCAGUCGCCGCAAAUCAGAGCCCAAGCCUUAUCGUCUGAAGCGCAGCCUGACCCGGAUUGAGAGUAUGAUCUGGCGCGACUCCGGUGGCUUGUCACGUACAAGCAUAGCCAUCGCAACCACAUUGGUCGAAUUUCAAGAAGCCCAAUGUUGGUUCGUCUUUGCUGUGCAAAUUGCAUCCAUUCUUGCUAUUGUUGUCAACUCUCAAGAGGGUACUUUCUGGGGCGAAAUUGUCGUGAAUGGUGCCAUUGCCUUUCAUGUCAGUCAGAAUGGCAUUCUGCCCAUGUUCCUUGUCCAGAUUUGCCUUCAUGGUGAAGGAAUUCGCAACUGGCACACAUUCCUAGGCUUCUUUAUGGAGUAUCUUCUCGCCAUUGUGGCAACGUCGCAAAAGAUUUAUUUCAAGGAUGCAUUUGCCCUGUUCAAAGGCCAAAAUGAAAUCGAAGCAUGCGGCUUCAAUCCAAGUCCGAGAACCUAUUGUGCUGCAACGCAAGGCAUCGACGGGCAGGGGUUCAGCUUCUUUCCUCAUCCUCUGCUAUACAAGAUGACUUUUCUCAUUCUUGAUACCAUUGCCAUCGUAGCAUUGGUGGCUGAUCAACUGGCUUGGACACUUCGGAAGCAUCACCUUACCAAGCACGUCCAAUUUGGGUCGUAUCGCCUUGGUCGAUGGCCUCGCUGGGGCAAACAGAGACGAGGGCUUUUUGUAAAAAUAUGGUUCUGGCGUAUUCUCGAAGUUGCGUAUCUUGUUAUUAACAUUCUGUAUAUGAUUUCUCUCACAAAAGUCAUCAAUGCGGAGAGCUUUGCAGCCAACAGGUGGUCAUAUGGACAGAUCAUCGCGGUCACUGUAUGGGGACCCGUCAUCGUCAAAUUGUUCGAUCUCUUGCUGUCUGGACCUCCCAAGAACGGCAUGAGGCUUAACUCGGGUCCACCAAGGUUGCGCAUCGACAACGUUAUAAACGGUCGAGUGGGGACAUCUGCAGAUGAAUGCGUUAUCGAUGAUGACAACGAGACUGGCGACAAAUGUGAUGGCCCACUACCACGACCUGAAAGACAAGAAUUUAGGAUUCGAGCAUCUGACACUUUGCAACUGGGGAGUCUCAGUCGUGAGCUUCAACGGGAAGAGGUAAUAGAAGGAGAAAGAAGCGUCGCGACACCUGACGAGAUGUGGUCUCAGAGCAGUAUGAAGAAGGGUUCAUGA